UUACUUCCAGUAUGACUUGCAGUUGGUUUCGUCCGCAAGGCAGGAAGCAGGCCGACGAUCCGUGAAGAUGGUGCUCGGUCCAGGCUCCGCUGCUUAUCGUAAAAAUAUGUGACAUCUUCACUGUCACAGUGGAGGUUUUGCUCGUUGGAUGCACGAUGCGCCUGUGGACUCGGGUCAGAUAUGACUCGUAGCCGGCUGUUAUUAGCUUAGCUAGUCCCUGCUUCGCUCGCUGCGCAGGGCUCAGCUGAUUCGCUGCAGCGGCGCACAGAGUCCGGCUGGAAUAUGUUGAGGCCUUAGAUGUCAGAUUGGCGACGGUGUGCUCGUUCAACAAAUCCAGAAAUGUCCUCGCAGCUCCAGGUGUUCUCCUCCCCCUCUGUUUCCUCCAGUGCCUACUCUCGGCCAAAGAGGCUCAAAGUGGAGAACCCCAAUUGGGAUGUCUCCAACCGGUUGGCGGACAGUGGCUACUAUCAGCAGAGCCCUUCGCAGGCAGCUGCCCCCUCCACUUCUGGCUCUAACUUUGACCUGGUGUACAAUUCCAACCAGGUCCAUCCCCCUACAGCCGGCUCGAGGGAGCAGACGGUGGUGCGAGCUGCAGACAGCACAGGAAGCGUUCGAGGACCUGCUUCCUCCUCCUCCUCUUCCACCUCUUCCAGCCGGCACAUUAAGGAUGCAGGCUCCUCCUCCCAACACUGCGAGCUUUACCAAAAACAGUACAGCUUGAAGAGGAAGAGCGAGGAGGUGGACAGCAGCGACAGCGUACAGAUACUAGAGGAGCUUUCGGCACCUGUGGCGUCGAACCGUGCCGGCGGCGGCGGGGGAACCACCACAGCUCAGUCCAUUGCUCACUCCACCUCCACCACCAAAAGUAGCAACUCCCACAGCGAGGGCGAUUACCAGUUGGUCCAACAUGAGAUCCUGUGCUCCAUGUCCAACAGCUAUGAGGUGCUUGAGUUUCUGGGGCGGGGCACCUUUGGGCAGGUGGCAAAAUGCUGGAAGCGGGGCACCAAUGAGAUAGUGGCCAUUAAAAUACUGAAGAACCACCCGUCUUAUGCACGACAGGGGCAAAUAGAGGUGAGCAUCCUUAGCAGACUGAGCACAGAGAACGCAGAUGAGUUCAACUUUGUCCGCUCGUACGAGUGUUUCCAACACAAGAACCACACGUGCCUGGUGUUCGAGAUGUUGGAGCAGAACCUUUACGACUUCCUGAAGCACAGCAAGUUCAGCCCUCUGAUGCUGAAGUGCAUUCGGCCCAUCCUGCAGCAGGUCGCCACGGCGCUGAUGAAGCUGAAGAGCCUGGGGCUGAUCCACGCCGACCUAAAACCAGAGAACAUCAUGCUGGUUGACCCUCUGAGGCAGCCGUACAGGGUGAAGGUGAUCGAUUUUGGCUCUGCCAGCCAUGUUUCCAAAGCAGUGUGCUCCACCUACCUCCAGUCCAGAUAUUACAGAGCUCCAGAGAUUAUCCUAGGUCUCCCUUUCUGCGAAGCGAUCGACAUGUGGUCUUUGGGGUGCGUCAUUGCUGAGCUGUUUCUGGGAUGGCCCCUUUAUCCCGGUGCAUCAGAGUACGACCAGAUCCGGUAUAUUUCCCAGACACAGGGUCUCCCAGCAGAGUACCUGCUGAGUGCAGGAACCAAGACGAGUCGUUUUUUCAACCGAGGCCCCGAUUCGAGCUACCCUCUCUGGAGACUCAAAACACCUGCUGAGCAUGAGGCAGAGAUGGGCAUCAAAUCUAAGGAGGCAAGAAAAUACAUUUUCAAUUGCCUGGAUGAUAUGAUGCAGGUAAACAUGACCAGCCUGGAGGGCACGGACAUCCUGGCGGAGAAGGCCGACAGACGGGAGUUCAUUGACCUGCUGAAAAAGAUGCUUACUCUCGACGCAGACAAGAGGAUCACACCCAUGAAGACGCUGAAUCAUCCUUUUGUUACCAUGACACACCUGCUGCACUUCCCCCACAGCUCACAUGUGAAGUCUUGUUUCCAAAACAUGGACAUAUGCAAACGCAGAUGUAGCGCAUUUGAGAACGGGAAGAACAUGUUUGCCAGCAGCAGCACUCCGAGCGCAGCCGCCAACCUAACUGUCACAUUCAGCAGUCAGCUUAACCAACACAAUCAGAUGGCGUCCACAGGGGGACAGUCUCUGUCCCUCAGCAGCAACGUCCCGCUGCUUAACUAUCAGCCGGGUCUCUACCAGCAGGCCACCAUCAACAUCCCGGGUCUGACCCAGCAGAGUGUUCCUCUGCAGACCCGACCCACCCAGCUCUGCGCCCAAACAGAACCGUUCCAGCAGACACUCAUCGUCUGCCCUCCAACCAUCCAGGGUCUCCAAACCACCAAUAAGCCUUCUGGUUACCCAGUAAGAAUGGACAGCUCAGUACCAUUGGUCGCUCAGAACCAGUCCUCCCAGUCUCUCCACCUCCAGCCCAGCAUGCUGACACAGCAGGGCUGGCCGGCAGGGACUCAGCAGAUCCUCAUCCCUUCUACCUGGCAGCAGAUGCCUGCCAUGUCCAUCCACAACCCGGGCCAGGCCGUGGUGCCCGACUCGCCCGUAGGGGCUCCAGUGCCUGAUGGCCAACAGGCUGCUGGGUGGAGGGGUCGUCAUGGUAACCAGUACGACGGCGUCAGCCAGCAGGACUCUGGCGUUAACCGUCAUGCCAGCAUGCAGAACCACAGCUCAGGGGCUGCUCACGCCAGAUCUCAGCAGGGCAAGAGGUCGAAGGGCCGACAUGCAGACAGCAGAGCCAGGCUGCAUUCAGCUUCCACAGUCGUCCACAGCGCUUCUUUCCCCGGUGACCAGUCUCAGCCCAUCGUUAUCUCUGACACGCCGAGUCCCGCCGUCAGCAUCAUCACCAUCCACAGCGACUCGGAGGACGAGGGCGAGACGAAGGUCAUGGCUGCCUGCUCCGGAACGAGCCAGAGAACAAACGUGAUCAGCUGUGUGACGGUGCACGACUCCCACGACUCCGACUCUUCCAGCACCAGCAGCCCGCUGAGCCCUGAGACCAACUCCCAGCCCUCCAAGUCUCUGGCCGUCGUCAUGCCCUCUGUGAAGCCUCAGCCUGCUGAGAGCGCAAUCACCAAGCCAGCAGCAGCCCCAGAUCCUGCAGUCGGAGCUUCUGCUAAGUCCAAGAGGGCGUCGGCUCAGUCGUCAUGCCGAUCAGGAGAUUCCAGCACCGAUCGCCAUCAGCGCGCAGCAUCCAGCAGAGCUCAACCUCUUAACCUCAGUCAGGUAGCAGCGAUUUCAAAACCAUCAUCAUAAUUACAAAAAUAUACA